AGUCGUACAGGUUGUCAACAUCUGACGUUUAUUUACAAAAUCCCAGAUAACAAGACAUUUCUUAAUAAACAAUGGUUCUUGUGGACCCCGAUGCAGUUAAUAACGGUGGCGGUGCAAAUGGCACAUCGUCAGCUGUCCGGGUUAAACAACCUAAACGCAUAUUGCAUUUUUCUGAUGGAGUUUUGGAGGAAUACAGCACUGAUGAGGAGGAGGUAGAUGGGCUUCAAAAGGACCAAACUGUGGUAGAUCCGUCAACAUUAAGCUGGGGUCCAUGGUUUUGGUACAAAGCAUGGGCUGCUGGGACAUCUACCUUAACAUUUCUGGAUGCUACAGGUGAAUUUUUGGCAUCUGUACUUGGAAUUACAACACCAAGGUAUUAUUUUGAAUUGGAAGAAUAUAAGAGAAGAGAAGAACAGAAAGAGAAAAGAAAGGAACAAGAACAGGGCUGGUCUGAACCAUCUAAUGCAGUUCCAUUAACAGGAUUCACAACAAAACAACCUGCACCUGUUGCUGUUUAAAAAAAAAUAUUCUUGGUAUUUUUAUACAAUAUUUAUUAUUUAAUAUGGCAUUUUAAGUUUGCUUUGUGAUAUUAGAGUCAUUAAUAUAUAUAUACAUAUUUUAGUAGUAUUACACAUUAUAUAUACAUUAUGAUGUCUGAGCUAUUUUGUAUAAAGUUCUGAUAUAAUGUUAAUAUAAUUUAUUUGAAUUUUUGUUUCUGACUA